CCGCGGUGCUUCCCGGCAGCCAUGUCGGCGGGCUGGCAGGCGCCGUGGAGGGCGCUGGGUGCGCUGGGCCGGCAGCUGGCGGACGAGUGGGCAGAGCAGGACGUGCGGUCCGCGCUGUGCCAGUUGCUGCUGCUCUGGCUGGGGCUCAGCCUGCUGGGCGUGCUGCUGGCCUGGCGUGUCUACGGCGAGGCGGUGGCCGAGCUCUGCUACCGGACGGACCCCGCCGCCCGCCGCCCCCGCGGAACUGCCUCCAGCCCCGGGCCCGCGCGGCCCCACGCUCACUCCUUCUCCCCCGCAGGCCGGGCCGGACGCAACGGCGCUGCCGAGCGGCACUGCCUGCCCCGGGACGGCCUGGCAACGGAGCCAGGGAAGACGCACCGGGAAUGAGGACUGCCAAGACGGCUGGGCGCUGCCUGCACCAUUAAAGCGCUGUGCUUCCCCUGC